AUGCUGUUCUCGAAACCGGUGAACCGCCUGAAUGGCGUGCUCACAUUUAUCCUCUCAAUCAAAAGCACACUCGCCGGACCUUGUGACAUCUAUUCUUCAGGCGGAACUCCAUGCGUCGCUGCACACAGCACCACUCGCGCCCUUUACGACGCAUACACCGGGGCCCUCUAUCAAGUAUCCCGUGGCUCUGAUGGCGCGACAACCGACAUCUCACCCCUAUCCACCGGCGGUGUCGCUAAUGCCGCUGCGCAAGAUACAUUCUGCGCCAGUACAACGUGCCUGAUCACAAUUAUCUACGACCAGUCCGGUAGCGGUAAUCAUCUUACCCAGGCACCCCCUGGAGGCGCAGCCACUGGUCCAGAAGCCAAUGGCUAUGACUAUCUGGCUAGCGCCAUUGGUGCGCCGGUGAUGCUGAAUGGUGAAAAGGCGUAUGGAGUUUUUAUUUCACCCAAAACCGGUUAUCGUAACGAUGCUACUAGUGGUAUAGCCACCGGUGACGAGCCUGAAGGCUUGUACGCCGUAUUGGAUGGCACUCAUUACAAUACCGUUUGCUGUUUUGACUAUGGCAACGCCGAAGUGAGUAACACCGAUACAGGAAAUGGCCAUAUGGAGGCUAUCUACUUUGGAGCAGAUACCAAAAGUGGCAGCGGCGGCGGCACCGGUCCCUGGAUUAUGGCUGAUCUCGAAAAUGGUCUCUUUUCUGGUUACGCAGCUGGUAACAACGAUGCUGAUGUGACAAUGUCUUCCCGAUUUGUUACAGCAACGCUCAAAGGCGAGCCAGACCAGUGGGAAAUGCGUGGUGGAGAUGCUACAUCUGGGUCAUUGACAACUUUGUACAGCGGCAUACGUCCGACUGGUGGGUAUAACCCGAUGAGUAAAGAGGGWGCCCUUAUUCUCGGGAUUGGCGGUGAUAACAGCAAUGCCGCUCAGGGCACGUUUUAUGAAGGUGUCAUGACGAGUGGAUAUCCAUCUAAUGCCACUGAGGAUUCUGUAMAAGCCAAUAUCGUUGCCGCGGGCUAUGCGGUCACCUCCUUGGUUAGUGGUCCAGGGUUGACUGUUGGUUCCUCGAUCUCGCUUAGAGCAACAACUGCAUGCUGUACGACAAAGUAUAUUACCCAUUCCGGUUCGACUGUAGAACUCCAAGUUGUGAAUUCGUCUAGUUCUACUGCUCUUCAACAGCAAGCUAGUUGGACUGUUCGCAUCGGUCUUGGUAACAGUGGCUGUUACUCCUUCGAGUCCGUCGAUACUCCUGGCAGCUAUAUCCGCCACUCCAGCAAUCAACUCCUUCUCAAUGCCAAUGAUGGCACCAAACUGUUCAGUGAGGAUGCCACAUUCUGUCCCAUGGCUGGUCUCAACGGCCAGGGCAAUUCUAUACGAUCAUGGAGCUAUCCAGCUCGCUUUUGGCGCCAUUACAGUGGAAUCCUCUAUAUUGCGGCCAACGGCGGCCCCAAUACUUUUGACAGUACCACGUUAUACAAUGAUGAUGUGAGCUUUGUGAUUAGCGCUGGAUUUGCUUAA